AUGAAACUACGACUACUCACAGCGGCUGUCUCUUCGUUUUUGCUCUGCAAUCCAGCACUGGCCGAUCCAAGACCAGAUCCAGUGGUACUACAUCGAGAUGUCUGCAUCAUUGGCGGUGGCUCUGCCGGGACAUAUACUGCCACCAGAUUGCAGCAGAUGGGCAAGUCUGUUGCGCUCAUCGAGAGGGAACAACAGCUUGGAGGCUCCGUGAAUAGUUUCAGAGACCCAAGAACCAAUACCACAUUCGACUAUGGAGUCGUGAUCUUCUCGAACAACUCCUUGGUCCUUGAUUACUUUGGCCAUCUCGAUGUGCCCGCGAAGCCAUUCACGGGUUUUGUACCAAACGGAACCAACGUAUACGUCAACCUGGCUACGGGAGCCACGGUUGCGCCUCUGAAUGCUACUGCUUUCCCAGACGCUCUGGUACGAUACAGGACUCAGGUGGAGAAGUACCCAUAUUUGAGUACUGGAUGGCAUCUCGAGUAUCCCAUCCCCGAAGACCUGCUGUUGCCCUUUGGCGACUUCCUUCAGAAAUACGACUUGGGCGUGAUCGCACCCUCACUUCUUGCCAGCAUUGGUGGAUUGGGAAAUCUUCUCGCGCAACCGACGCUUUACAUUAUGAAGCAGUUCUCCCUGGACAUGGUGCAUCGCACAUUGACGAAUAGUAUUAUCACGAGCGCAGCGAACGACAAUCAAGCACUUUACGAUUCUGCACUGAAUCGCCUAGGAAGGCAUGAAAACGCCUUCGUGAGCAGCAGAGUCACUCGUGUACAACGUGAACAACACAACAGCACCACCAUCCACAUCACCACCCCAACCGGCAAGAAAACCAUCCACGCCUCAAAGCUAGUCAUCGCCAUCCCACCCAAACUCGAAAUCCUCGACCCCUUCCUGGACCUCAGCGACAACGAAUACACCUACCUCAGCCAAUUCAACAACAGCCACAUCUGGGCCAACGUCGUCGCCAACAGCGGCAUCCCCCAAACCGCAACCCUCUCCAACGUCAACCCAGCAGCCGCAAUCGGCAUCCCAGCCAUGCCAGCCGUAUUCGGAACAGCACCCACGACCGUCAAAGACCUCCAUGUCGCCUGGUACGGCAGCGCCUACGACAUCCCGAAGUCACGAGUAAAGUGGAAUAUCGAGGGUCAGUUCGAUGGCUGGACGGGCCGGCAGGGAAACGCUUCCGCGGAAGUCAUUGCGCUCAAGGACCAUUCGCCUUAUCUAGUCGUGCCGCCCUUGGAAGCGGCCAAGGCUGGUUUCUACGAUGGACUUGUCGGUCUCCAGGGGCAGCUGGGGACGUAUUGGACGGGCGCUGCUUGGCAGAGUCAUGACUCGAGUGCGAUUUGGAAUUUCGCGGAGCAUGAGGUGUUGCCGAUGAUUGUGGCGAGUUUGGGAGGUUCUUCGAAUGCGUCGAGCAUUCGUGCGGGAUACAUGUGUUGA